CACACACCCUUCCUUAAUGUUAACGAUUUCUCAACCGCCCACGUUAUAGUUCCUCUCGACACACAAAUACACACAUACAUGCUCUCUGCUCUCUCUGCUUUCUCUCUUCUCACUCUCAACUCUCAAGUCAUCCAUUAAAUGUUGCCAUCAAGUGUAGAUCACCAUAUCAUGCUGCAUAACCAUAUCCCUAUGCCUAUGCCACCAAGCUGGAAACCUACCAUAGAGGUAGCCCCUAACUGCCCCCGCUGCGCUUCAACCAACACCAAAUUCUGUUACUACAACAACUACAGCCUCUCUCAGCCUCGCUACUUCUGUAAGGCCUGCCGCCGAUACUGGACUAAAGGCGGCUCCCUCCGCAAUGUCCCCGUCGGCGGUGGAUGCCGCAAGAACCGCCGUUCCAAGUCCACCAGAAACCAAACGCAACACCGCCUUCAGGGAGAAGACUACUCAUCGUCAUCUGCUGAUGCUCAUCAACCAUCAUCAUCACGUGACAUAGACAUGGCGGUUGUGUUUGCCAACUUCUUGAACCAAGCUCCAAUAAGUGAGGAUCAUGGCGGUUCGUCUUCCUCCAGCGGUGAGACCGAGAACGAUGCAGUAGUUGUGCAGCCGAAGAAGAACAAUGAUUUCGGAGUUCUAUGUGCUGACGUGGAACCUUCUUCGUUUGAACAAGAACUGAGUCUGAUGAGUGGGAUCGAGUUGGAUGGAUUUGAUGAUGUGGUCCAACAUGAUUAUGGUGUUGCUACAUGGCAACCACCACUACCACCACCAUCAAUGAUGCAGAUGCAGGAGAUGGAAUUCUCCAUGGUGCCAUUGAUGAAUGAGCAUCAUGAUGAUGAUGAUGAGUUAUUGAUGAUGCCAUCUUCUAUGAAUUUAGUAAGUGAUGACGCUUCUUGGAACACUAAUAAUUGGAGUUCUUUUGAUCUUUCCACCAUGGAAGUCUUCUCCUCCUCGUCAUCAAUUAAUUAAUUAGAGUCUAUAGAUCUCAUUUUCCGGAUAUAUAUCAUGUAUUCUUCUUCCUAUUAUUUCAUAAGGACAGAGAUUACUUCUAAGUUACUUAUUUUGAUACCAACCAAGAAGGAAAUUAAAGUUCAUGUAACGGACCCAU